CCGGCCGUAGUAUUAGUAGUCAAAGUUACUGGAGGAGGACUUCCGGUCGGUGUUGGUCGGGACGGCAUUAAAUCGUCGUCUUCGUCAUCAUCGUCGUAUUCAUUGUCCACCCUCAAUUGGUUUAGAAUGUUUUUAGUGGUUAACAAUACGGAAUCAUCUUCAAUGUUUUUGCCAUUUGAAGUCUUACCGGUCGCUGCAGUCAACGUGGACAUUUUAUAAUUUUUUUUUUCGGUUCUAAACAGUCCGGUCGUAUAACUACCGCCCGUCAAAAUGACUUCAAAACAAUAUCAGACUGUGAAAAAUAAAACACACAAACACACAAGUAAGUAUAAAUUGAAUAGCACGAAACACUAUAAUAAUAAAAUAAUUGCCUAUUAAAUAAUAAUCAGGUGUAAUAAUAAUUAUAAAGUUAACGCAUUGCACGAAAAUUUAGAAUAAUGACAGCGAAAAUAAUCGGUACCGGAGUUUAAAUAGGUUUUUUGUUUUGUCGAAUAUUAUACUGAACCUAAGACGCAUGCGGUUAAAAAAAACAUACUACUUGAACUAAUCUAUGUAUACCUACCUACUUCACACAUCACACUGAUCGUUUAAUAUUAUACCACACGUCGUACACUGUACACAAUAAUAUGAUACGCAGGUUUAUCAAUUAAGAUAUUAAUAAAUAAUAAUUAUUGUUGUUAUUAUAAUUUAUUAAAUUAUUAUUAUGCGUUGUAUGCAUAAUGCGAUAUCUCAAAAACAACGUAAUAUUAUUAUACUUUGAAAUAAUGACCCGUCGUACAUAUUAUUAUAAUCGAAUAUAUCGCAAAAUAUCAUUUAUAAUAAACUUGUAUACCUAAAGUAUAGAUAUAAUUAUUAAUGUACUUAGAUAAUAAUAACUACGAAUAAUUAUUGUUAUAAAAAUAAAACGUAUAAUCAAUAGUAUUAACUAUUAAUAAAAUUCGAAUUUAUUUUACUUGUAUUCAGUUUAUUUUUAUAGAAAAUUCCAAAGAAAAAACACGAUUUAAAGGAUAAGUUUAGUUCAAAGAAAUAACUACAGUAUCUCAUCCUAUAUUAUAAUAUAUAGCCGGAACGUAUAAUACAGUAAAGUAUAAAACACUAUUAUACGUACAUAAAAACAAAUAGUUCUAUACAUUUUAUACUAUAUAAAAGUUUUUUAUGGCUACACUGAACAACAAUAAUUAAAUUAUCAGGUUUUUAUAAUAUUUGUAUUGAUAUUGACAAAUGAUAACCACAGACAUUUAACCAUUAUUUUGUACAUAUAUUAUACUAAUAACCUAAUAUAUAUUGUAUGAUAAUUUGUUGUAUUAAUUAGUAAUUACUAAGUUCAUCUCCAUUAAUAACUAUUAACAACUACAUUAAUAUUUACAAUAACAAAAAAGAAAUUUGUUUUGUAUUUAUUUUGUUCUAAAUUUAAAAAAAAUUCAUCAAGUUGAUGUGAUUUUUUAAUUCGUUAUAUUAAUUUAUAAGUUUAAAUACUCGUUAAAAUUUAAAAUAUACAGUAUGAUCACUAUUAUAAAUUUUAAAGAAAAAAAUUGUAUAGUUCCUUAUGUCAUUAUAAAAUUGUAUACGUUUUGGUCAUUUUAUACGUUUUAUAGGUACCUACGUGGUGUAUUAUACGUAUACUUAACAUAUAUUACGUUCUAUACGCGGAUAUUACCAAUCCUAAUACAUAAAAAUACGAGUAUAUAACCCUAUAAAAAACCAGAAAUUUGAAAUUAUAAUUAAGUAUUUCAUGUCAUACUUAUACGUACUACAUAGCUAGUACCGUACUGAAUAUAAGUACUUGAAACAAAACAAAAAAAAUCAUAUUAUGAUAUAGAAUUUUUUUUAUAUUACUCAAUCAUAACUAAGAUUACAAAAAAUACAAGAGUAUAAUCCUCAAUAAAUAAUUUAUUGUUAAUUUAGUGCUAUUAUCUCAACAUGUUUUUAUUUUUUAAGAUAUUUUCUUGCGAAUCAAUAUUAGAUGUUAUUGUCGAAACUUUCGACUGUACGAUUUAGCUAAUAAAUCAUCAAAACAUUAUUAUAUUCAAAUAAUCGCGAUAAUUCGGUGUAUAUCGAUUUAUUUUGUUUUUUUUUAAUAUUGAAAAAACCGUUUCACAUUUAAGGUUAAAAUAAAUUAUUCAUAAUUGACAUGUGUGAUGGGCCAUUCAAAUUACAUAUUGAUUAAUAUUAUCUGUUAAACUAUGACUGUACGAGAUUAAAACGAUUAAUUAAAAGUUUUGACGUUCAAAGUGCGUGCGUGUACCUACUUGAUUUUAACAAUGCCCAAUAUUAAAAUAAUCAAAUAAUAUAUUAUUAAUAUUACCCGUUCGUCAUUUUACAAUAUAUAAUUAUUACGACACUGCCAAUUAUUGCUAAGUGCUUAAGUUUCGUAUUAAUGUACACAAACACGCACACAUACAUUACAGUAUAAUUUCAAUAUACUAUAACAAUAAUAAUAUCAUCGCCACGCCACUGUCACAUGAAAUUAAAUGGUGGUAUUGAACAAUUACUGUGCGUAACACAACAAACAAACAUCAACAAUACUAUAAUAUAGUAUAUACUUAAUUUAGUUAAAUAUCUUAAUGUUAUUAUUAAAUUCCAAUGGGUAAACAAACAGUACCUAUUGGCUAUUAUAAUAUUAAACAAAUAUUCAAAAAAAAAUGCGAUAAUGGAAUAAAAAAUCUACAUCCAUUAUGCUAAGUAUAUAAUUUAUAAAUUACUUACAGUUUUAUUUGUAUAAUGUAUUGCUUGUAUAAAUUUUUCGUCAUACAAGUAAUAAUAUAUUAUUAUAAUAUCAAUAGACAUUUUUAGAAAGUGUAAUAUUUAUAUCCUUAGAUGACUUUCGCAUAAUACAACCGGCCACUGAAUUAUGAAUUAUUUACAUUUUUGCCGAUAAUUUAUAACUAUAUAGGUACAAUAUGAUAUUGCAAUGCCUUUUUUAUUAACUUAAAAUACAAAUUUAACAUUUUAUUUUAUUUUUAUAUUUUGUAAAACAAACUCAUUUAACAAAGUCACAAUAACACACACAUAACCUUUACUACGAUUAUACCUACCCAGAUUUAUAAACCAAAGGAACCUAUGAUGAAAAUAUACUUAUUUCCAAAAUCUUUUUAAUUACUUAAAAUUGAUAUUUACAUACGACAUACCUACCUAAUUUUUAUUUCCUGAAAGUUAACAGAACCAAGUCUACACAACAAUUAUUAAUAUCCAAUAAUUAAGAGCUAAUUAUAAUCGCAAAUUUAUGUGUACAAAUUAUAAAUUUAACGCAAUUUUGUAUGCAAAUUGAAUGCAUUAGGUAAUAAAAAAAAUUAUGCUUUUAAAAUUUAAAUAAAAAAGCAAAUAUUAACUUUUCAUAAUAACCUUUAUUAUUAUGUCUAUUUGCAUACAAAUACUGUUAUUAUUAAGUAGAUAGGUAAAAAAAAAUCAUUUAGAAUUAGUGAUCAAUUUGAGGGGGAACCCCUUUACUUUUUUUUACCAUCACCUAAUUAUUUUGUAUUCUGACAGAGGUACGUCUCUUUUAAUAAAGAACGAUAUUUAUAAGAACAUAAUAGAUAUUUGUUAACAUUAUUAACUCAGAUAAAUUGUUAAUUUUUAAUCAGGACUUAAUAUUUAUCAUCGUUCAGUCAUAAAUUGAUCAUUAUAAUAUUUUCUGUAUCACACUUUUAGCCUACGUAAAACUAACUAAUAAAAGUAAUUUAAUUAAAAUCUAAACGGUAAAUAUCUUUUCUUUUUAAGUAAAACCGAUUGGAAAAUCAAUAAAUAACCUCACAAAAGUAUCAUUUGGACAAUAUUCCUUUUCAGAUUUUGUGCUGCGUGUAUAUAUCUGAGGAAUAUUUCUAGUAGAAUUUUUGUACACAAUGUAAAAAUAAAAAAUUGAUUAAAAUCUUAGUAAAACCAAUACAUUCUUCACUACACUCAAAGUCUAAAAUAGGUACAUUACACUCAAUUUUAUUUUUUGAAAGAAAAUGCAUUUGUUUUCGCACAAAGCAAGUGAAUUUGUUUUUAGGGCCUCCUUUAAAUUACAAAUAAAAGGUCUCGUACACUCAAUUGUAUAACUCUAGUUCCACCUAUUGUGAUAUGGGAGUGGGGGGGGGGGUAUUGAAACAAGUAAAAUUGCAAAAGACGUUAACUUUUUAGAUUAGAAAUGUAGCGAGGAAUGUUCAAAUAUGAUUUAUUCUCGAGAAAAAGGCUUUAUACAUUAGAAGUAGAUACAUUUUAAUUGCAUUCCCAAUAUUAUAUUAUAUGAUUUGCACGUUUACUAUGUUCAGCCUUAUUUACUCCUCUCUAUUGAAAAAUCCUGGGUAGGUACACUACUACAUCACAUGAAAAAUUAAGAUGUAAAUAGGUAUAUUAAAACCCAUUAUAAUAAAAUGUUUUACAAAUUUCACGAGAUAAGCAACAAAAAUUUACUUAUUUAAACUUUCGUUCAAUUUAAAAAAUGCAUUAUCAGCUACGUAUUAUUUAUUAUUGAACAUUAUAAUACUUAGGUAUUAUGUAAAACCUGUUGAGUUAUUUUAAAAACUUAUAAUACAUACAUUGUAAUAUUAUUAUGUUAUUUUGUGUCUUAAAAUCAUAAAAUCAAUUAAAUACUUAUGCAAUUAAAAAAAAAUAAUAUUUUUACUUAUUCUCUCUUAAGAUACAAGAGAAUAACAUUUUAUUUAAAGACGAUUAAAAAAGAUGUAUCAAAAACAUCGGAAUUAAAAAUAAUAAUAAUAUAAACAAAAAACCGCAUAGCGUUAACUGUACAAAAUAAAUUGUAUAAAAUAAAACCUAACAUACAAUAAAUCCAUAUAAUAUUAAAUAGAAAAUGGUUGGCUUGGAAAUCAUCGUACUAUAAAUAAAAUAUUCCAUAAUUAAAUGCUAAUGUCUUCAACAUAUGGGCGGUAUUAUAAUUAUACAUAGAUAUGUCACAUAUUAUAUACGUAAAAUAAUUUGGUCUGUACGAAAUUGCUGUACGCAAAAGUAAAAUGUUUUAAAUAUUCGAGAGUGCCAAAAGAAUAAAAAUUAUUUUAUUUAAUUUUGAUCAACUAUCGGUUUUUAAUCUUUACCUAUAUAAGUUAUAUGUAGAUAACGAACUGCUUUAAAAUAAAAACAUUUUUAAAAAUCCUUCCUAUAUAUUUACUCGUAUAACAUACGAGUAAAUUAUUAUUAUGGAUAAUGUUCACUUCAAAAAUAUUUUAACAAGUUAUCAUUGUAAUUUGUAAUGAAAAUAUAUUGAAGUAGGUACGAGCAUAUCAUUAUGAUAAUAUAUUUACAUCAAAUUAAUACGGUUGUAAAACGGGUAAGUAAGUAGUUGCAUAAUACUAAUGAAUAACAAAUUUGCCUAAAAUUUGUGUAAAAUUUAUAUUUUAAAUACAAAACUAAUUUUUUAAUAGGGCAAAAAGUUUAAAAUUGGGCGAUUGGCAAGUUACUCGUAAUUUCUAAUUUAUUUACAGUAGAAUUAGUUCCUGUAAAAAAACCAAUAUCUGCAAUGGAUUUAAAGUUGGUUUUUAUAAUUUAUAAUUUGGGUAGAUACCUAAGGAAAUUAAAAAUUAGUAACGAAAAUAAUAACUCGGGUUAUAAUUUUUUUUUUUUACAUUCUAACUUUUUUAGCGUUGCAACUUGCAAGAAAUGUAUUGAUUUUACCACGGUAUGUGCUUUUUUCUGUCUAUUAACAACUUAACCACCAGAAAUCUUACUAAGAUCAUCAACUUCAGUGGUUUCCGGUAAAUAGCAAAUAUCUAGUUUAUGAAUAGGGAAACUCAUUUUUAAUUGGAGGAAAAUGUCGAAAAAACGAGAAAAUUUACAAAAUAACAGUAGGUUAUCUACCCUUAUUUUAUCAGAUUUACCCAUCUGUUUUUUUCGAUUUUGUUUCUUGUUUUAAAUUAGAUAAAAAUAAUCGUAAAUUCUUAAAGGCCUGCAAUUUAAAACGAAUACUAAAGUAAGCACUAUCUAUACGUCGUACAAUAAUAUUAAAAAUAUUCUGGGAAUUUCGAGCUAUUUAUAGCUAUUUGAAAUUAUCUUGCUUUAAUUUGGUUUUAUAUGAAUACGAUUGUUUUGGCUAAGUAAAAAUGCUCGAAAAUUUAAUAAGAGAUUCAUCAUGUUGUACAUAUCUAGUAGUCCUGAAAAAAAAUUGAUCAUAAUAUAGUAAGUACUCAAUUUUUUUAUCAAGUGAAAACCACUACUAUGAUAUUAUACUGUGCAUUUUUGUUGUUUGAACAUUUUUUUUUUAAAACAGUUCUUGUUUUUUUAAAAAAAAUAUAAAAAGUUUCUCGAGUACAAUUUUUACUAGGGCCACACUGUAGGUACCUAUACAAAUACAGAAAAUACCAUAGACCUAUUAACUUAAUAGAUCCAUGGCAAAUAGUAGUUUUAAUUUGACAAUAUAAUUAAUAUUUGUUUUUCAUUACGUUGACAGGACACUGCAAUUAUUAAAUUUAUCAGGUACGGUAUCAAAACGUUUAUUCACUAACCUAUAUGACGUUAUAUAUUACGUUUAGAAUACAUUAAAUUGAACUUUUCGAGAAAAUAAUUGUUGCACCUAAUAAUAAAUUAAUACAAUGGGAAAUUGAAUUCGAGACAACGAAUUUAUACAGCCUUGAUCCAUCCACGUAAAAGUUAUGUAAACAACGGACCUUCCAAUCGCAAAAGGAACUCAUAAUUAUCAAUACUUAUUUUUAUUUUUGGUUUUUCUCAUAUUACAACCAAGUUAAAUAAUACCUAACGAUUUAUCAGUUAUCUUUAAUAACCUCAAAACGAAUUUCAAAAAGCCAGACACACGAGUACUUCACGGUUUUCUAUCCAAGUUUGCCGAGUUUGAAAUUGAUUCAUAUACGCCAUUAUAAUAAAAAUUUGUUUAGUGAAAUUGUUAUAUAAAUAACCCAGCAAACAUUUUGAAGAUCAAAAAAACAUUUAUCGCGUUUAUACACUAACAGAAGAAGCACCUUGGUAAUUUAAUAAUAAUUAUAUUAUAAUUGUCUUUAAUUUUAAAUUUAAAACUAAUGUACAAAUUAACUUUAUACUUUUUUUUUUUUUACUUUUGCUGUAAAUAGGUAGAUACCAAUUUUUAAUAUUUUUAUCCUAAAACGUUUUAGAUUUGGAGUGUAACGAAGAAUGUAUUGGUUUUACAAUGAUGUUUAUUUUUUUUUUAUACCAUGACAAAAAUUUCUAUCAGAAAUCUUGCUUCGAUAUGUAUGUGUGGCACUUUCCCUGAAAGGAAAUUAUGUAUGGAUGUUACUUUGUGCAGGUCAUUUUUUGAUUUUUCAAGCGGUUUUCUUAAUAUAUAGGAAAAUCCAGGAUAAAACUUAAGAAAAACUGUAAAAUUUACGAAAAUAAUGAUUUUAUUAUUUUCAAUUUUCCUUUUUGUUGAAAUUUAGUUAAAAAUAUUCUUAUUGACUUUAUGGACUUGAAAUUUAGACACAAAACUUCUAUCUGCCUUUCUAGAAGUAAUACAAUUUUCAAAACAUUUUAGCAAUUUGUCAAGUAUUUAUAGACAUUUUACUUAUGAGAGUAUUUUACAUAAUUUGUAUUCAGUUUGUAGGUACUCUGUGGUAAAAUUGUUGGACUGAACAAAAAUUCUUGAAAAUUUAACAGGAAGUUCAUUAAAAGUUGUAUUUCGUGGUUAAAAAAUAUUUGAGCUAAACAUAGUAUUUUUUUUCAUAAAGGAAUUUUAUUGUCAAAUUAUGUCAAAAAUUGUUAGAAUAAAACAUUUUUUUUAACAAAUCUAGUUACUGAUUCAUGCAAAUGUUAAAGUUUCAGAACUAUAUUAAAACCUUAUUAAACCGUAUAUUUAAACCUUUAUUAUAUCACUGACUAUGAUCUUUAUCCCUCACCUUGAUUCGCAUUUCAAUUCGGCCAGAAGCAAAUGACAAAAUAAUAAUAUAAUAUCCUAUUUAUUAUUUUUUUUCACUAAUAUUGUUUUUCCUUGUAGCCCUUCAUAUGUAUAUUGCCAAUGGUGAAGUCAGAAUCGUUUUAUGUUGACAAUGAUUAAUCUUUACUUACAUUAAAUUCCCCUAUACAUCCCUGACUUCUCAUCUACAAAAAUGGUCCACCCAUAAUGCAAAGUAUGUUUGUCUCUUUUUAAACAUCUUUGUUAGUUAAUUUUAAAAUUUUAAGUGUGUAUUGGCGUGCUCAUGAGCACGAAGGAAUUAGAAAAAUUUACAAAUUUAUUUUGUCAAACAAAAUGUUUUCCUUCAAUAAACUUGCUAAUAAUCAAUUUAAAAUUUUGCUUUUCCAUGAUUAACAGUAUAUUAUAAAUAAAUAAUAUUUACAUUAUGUUAUAGCUAUUAUAAUGAUGUACCUGCCUAUUUUUAAAGGUUAGAUGCAACAAAAUUGUAAAAAAUAAAUGUUCCCAUUAAUCAAUUAAUAUCCACAUUGAGUUAUUAAAAUUAAAAUGUUAUUAAUUAAAUUAUAAUAUUAUAAUUUAUUAAGUUGGUUCCAAAAUAUUACAAUUAUCUGUAUUUGAAUUUAUAAAUUAUUAAACUGGUUCUUAUUUAUGUUUUUAACAAACAAGAGUGACAAGGGUAUAAAUGUCUAUGGUGCUUUUGGUGGGCACCUACUGUCAAGUAUCUUUAUGUUUCUCAGACACCCCAUUCAUAAACAUUUUGAAAUCCUUCCAAUUCUUUCUAUGAUUUUUAAUUUAAAUAAUUUUUGAAAUUUUCAAUGUAUCAUGUAUAUGUGCUUUUAAAAAUGAUAUUUAUUCCCCAAAAUCAAUUAGGAAAUGUGUAAUUAUCUAUGAUUUUUGUUUAUCUUACAGAUAUGACUACAUGUUCUCAAAAGACAAUGUAUGUUGAAAAUAAGAGGUACAAUAAUAAUAAUGAGCAAGAAAUAGAACGUGAUAGAUGGAGACAAAUCUCAACAAAUCUAUACGUCUAUGAAAAAGAAGAAAUGACAGAUGAAGUAAAUUAUAAUAUACUUUAGUUUCUAUUAUUUUCAUACAGAAUUUGGUAGUUUGUUCAACCAUUCAUUAAUAUAAGCAAAUAUUAUUUUGAUAAAAUAGGAAAACAAAAAAUUAUUACUUUAAAUAUAUCUAUAUUUCAUUCUGGUUUUUUGUUCUUUGAUAUAUGUACACAGAGCAUUUUUUUAAAAAUGUAUUUUAUAAAAUGGCUAUUUUGAAUUUUUUUAAAAAAAUUAUAGUAAAAUUUUAAUUUUUUAUUUUGAGCUCCCUACCCCCCCCCCCCCAAAAAAAAUAUAUAUAUAUAUAUAUUAACUGUAGUGUGAAGGCAUACUAAUUAUUUAGAAAAAAAAAUUAUCAAAAAUAUUGAAUAGAGCAAAAGUUAUUUCAAGUGGCAGAUCAUCAUGGGACACUCUGUAUAUAUUAGAGAUGUGACGAACUAUUCGAUUUUCGAACCAAAAGAAAUACUAAAUAGUUUGGUUUGAAAAUCAUUCCAUUCAUUCUGAUUCUACAGUCACCAAUACGAUGUACUGUGGUGGGACAGAGUGGCCUUGUUUGAAAAAGUAAAAUUUUGUUCGCAUUAGCUGGUUUCAUAAACAUAAAUUACAGAGCCGAGAAGUUUGGAAACCUAGGUUUUUAACCUAACCUAAACUUUUUACUUUUUUAAUGUUCAAGUUCAAUAAAAUAUUUUAAAAGUUUGGUUAGAAUAAGAAUGUGUAGGGGUUGUGUUGGUGUUCGUUAAUUUUAAGGAAAGUUUGGUUCGGUUGGACCUUAAAAAUCAGGAUUCAUAACAUCUCUAAUAUAUAUAUGUUUAAUAAUAUAUUAGAUUUAUUAAAGAUAGAUUAAUUUUUAUCAAUCUGGAAUCAAAUUUAAAUUCUACUUUAUUAUUGUAUAUACCAUAUUGUAUAUAUCAUUACAUUAUUAUCAAAUAACUAAUAAGUACUUUAUAAAUAUUGAUACUUUUUUUUUAAAACAAAAAAAUAUAUAUUUACUAUAUUACAAGUAUGUAUAGUAAAAUACAUACGUGUUUGCAAAACUUAAAGAAUAAUCUAUACCUAAUAUAAUAUAAUCUGUUAUAUAUUUAAAAGUGACAAAAGGUUUUCCAUUGUUUAUUUAUUGUAAGCAUUUAGUGAUCAUAUAGAACUUUCCAGUUUAUUUUCCAAUCACUGGCUAUUUUAUGAAAUAAUUUCCAGUAGAAUACCAAUCUUAAAAUUUUGUUAGUAAUAAUCUAUUCAAAAAGUUCUAUUACUAAGUUGGGUAAGUGUUGUAAAGUAGUAAUAUAAAAACAAAUAAAAAUUACAUUUAUUUGAUAUACUAUAUAAUCAUAUUAGAAAAUACAAUACUAAGAUAUAAUAGUAGAUAGACAUAGUAGAUAUAUAAAAUAUAUGUAAUUUUUCAUAGAUCUAAUAAAGAUUGUUAAACAUAAUCUAAUUUAUUAGUCCAUUCAUUAAACAAUUUGCAGGAGAGUUAAUUGUGUAAUAUUUUUUAAAAGAAGGUUUGAUAAAAAUUCACCAUGUUUAUAACUUAUUUUGUAUCCUAUUAAUGUAUUAAUAGUUUUGCUUUUAUAUAAUUUGUAUAAUAAAUUAUUUGCAAAAUACAAAAUUUAAAUUGGAUAAAAAGAAAGUCCAAUAAAGUUUUGCAUGCUAGAAUCUAAAUUAAUAUAAUUUUAUCAAUUUAUGUAUAGGAAUUUAAUAAAUUGUCUCAGCAAUAUAAUAAAAAUAAAGAACAAUCAACAAUCAAUAAAUAUAAAUAUAAGAACUUUAAACGUAAAGAAAUUACUAUAGAUGAUUUUAAUAACCGAACUGAAGAUUAUUAUAAUAAUAAGUAUCACUCAAAAUCAAUGGAAAUAUCAGCAAAACGUAGUAAAUUUAUUUUCAUACAAUAUACCUAUCUAAAAAUGAGAAUAACUUAUGCAGAUUUAUUAUUUCUAUUAAAUAAUCAUUAUAUGUAGUAUAUUUUGUUUAGAUUAUUUUUUUGAAAAUAAAGAUAAUAACUUGAGUGACCAUAUGAAUCAACAUACAAAUAAUACUAAAAAACAACAAAAAAAAACACCUAUAUCUGUAUUAAAUGAAUGGGCAAUGCGUGGAACUAAUGGUGUACAAAAAAAAAUUGUGGUGUCUUAUGUUCCUUUAGCUAUAAGUGGAUUUGCACAUAAACCAAUAUUUACAUUUAUGUGUCAAGUACUUAAUAAAAAAGGUAAGUAUUUUAAUAAUCAUUUAUAUGGUGUAAAUCAAUUAAAUAAAAAUUGUUUUUAUUACUGAGAUAGCCAAAGGAGAAGGACUCUCAAAAAAGGAAGCGAAACAAGAAGCCGCGGCUGAAAUUUUGAAAAUGAUUUUUGAAGAAGACUCAUUAACCAACAGCGAUAAAAAUAUAACAUCUACUACUGUAAUUGAUAACUUUGAAAUAAAUGAAAAUAAUACAGAAAAUUUAACCAGCACUGAAGGAUCACAAAUAGCAGAUUCAGAUAUGGGUGAUAACGAAAUGUAAUUUUAAUUUAUAAAGCUAUAUACUUAUAGCUAAUAAAAUAUAUGUAUAAUUUGAUAAGUGCAAUUUUUAGGCAAUAUUCGAAAAAUUAUGAAGAUGUAAAAAUUAGUCAUUGUGAAAUGAAUCCUGUAGGGGCCUUACAGGAGUUAUGUAUAAAGCAUAAAUGGGCAUCUCCUAUCUAUAAUUUUCAAAAAAUAUCAGAGCCUUUGAAAAAUACAAAUCGUAAAGUUGUAUCUUACAUAGUCACUUGUCAAUUAUUUCAUUUACAAACAACAGGUACACCUACUUAAUAAUUUAAAUCUCAAUAAUUCAAACUAUUUAUUUGAUGAAAAAAUAAUUUUACUAUAAGAACAGUCAUUUAUGAAAUAUUUUAUCUGUACAUAUUUUAUUGAAGUGAAACUUUUUUAUAUUUCAUUUUUUUUUUCAUACAUUUUCAUGCACAUAAUGAAAUAAUAUAAUUGUUUUCGAGUAGUGAAUGGGUUACUACGGUACCAUGGUGACUAUUAAUAUUGUUGAUAUUGCAUAUUAGAUUUGUGUAGUGUUUGUAAUAUUUUGAUAUAAAUGAUUAUCAUGCUAAAAAUAUCAAUUUAGUAAUCCAAAAACUGUUUUCAUGAUCAAGCUAAUAAAUAAAUUGUUUAUACUAUUAAUUUAUGAUUAAUUAACAAAUUUGUUUUCUAAUUGGUGUACAUAUAUCAAUAUGUUUUAUGUAAUUUAAGUUUCACUUCUGAUGUGUAAAAUAAUUAUGUUCCUUUAAUUUUGUAUACCAUAUAAUAUUAUAAGUGUAAUUAUUUUAAUGCAAUAAAAAAAAAGUUUAUUAUUUUAAGAAAAUUAAAGUAUUCAUUACUUUUUCUUCUUUAGGAACUGCAAAUAAGCAAAAAAAUGCAAAACGUAUGGCUGCACAUAUGAUGUUUAAUCAGAUUCAUGGCAUGAGCGUAACCGAAUUUCAAGAAUUAAAUAUGGAACACCAAAUAUUGUCACAUGAUAAUGUAUUAUGAUUUCAAUUUAUUUAUUAAUUUAUUUAAAUCUAAUAAACCGAAAAUAUUUUCCAGGACUGUUUGAAAAAUAGUAAUUAUACUAUUAUGCAAGAGGAAAAUAAGAAAUCGUGGGACGCCGUACACAUUAUGGGACUAUACUUUAAAACCGCAAUAGUAAAUAGUAGUAUAAUGGAAUGGUCAAAUUUAUGUUCAUUUUUUGAUGUAUGUAUCAAAAUAUUGAAAUAACAUUUAGGUACAUCUACUUAAAUAACUACCUAUUAUUAAUUGUUCAUUAUAAAUUUGAAGGAUAAGACGCAACAAGAAAUUCCACAGAAUAUACAUCAACUUGAACAGUCUGUUGAACAAUAUAAUUCAGAUUCGAGAUCUGAUGUUUAUAAAUUGCAAACUUUAUGUGAGGCAUUAGGUUUUCAAGCGAUUUAUGUACACGUGAAAUCAGUUUUUCAACCACAAAAAGGUACCUAUUAUAUUAACUAUAUUCAAUUAAGAUAUAAGAGUUACUAAAAACUAAUAUUUAUAUAACUGUGUUUCAACAGAUGUUUAUGAUUGUACCAGCCAAAAUGAAGAAUACAUUAUGAUUUUACAAGUAAACACUAUACCAAUUACUAUUACUGUUGGACGUGCUUUAACUAUUGAUAUGGCCAAAGAAGUUGCUGCCAAAUGUGUAUUAAAUACAUUUAAAACAAUGCUAUUUUCAUUAUCAAGAUCACAAACUAUUAUUGUAUAGGUACCUAAUUCUUUUUGUUUAUUUAUAUUUGAUACCUAGGUAAUAUUAUUUUUUUUUUUAUACAAUUAGUAUUGGAUACCAAGGUACUUAUUAUUAAUUUUUUCUUAUUAAAUAUUAUACAAUUAAAUUUCUAUCAAAUGAAAAAUAAAAUAUUUGAAUUAUUUAUA